AUGCAUUACAACCAUAGCGUGAGUAACUUAUUAGGAGGCUGGGGAGACAAAGAUGAUGCCGUGGUUGUUACAGUUGACGAGAAAAACAUCAACAACAACGACAUCAACGAUGACAAUUUCAACUCAACAACAACAACAUCAAACAACCACAUCAAAAAUAAAUUCUGGUCAUUUUUGGACAUGUUAUUCCGCACCGUCCUCAUAGCAAAUAUGUGUACUACACAGUGGUGGGCUAUCUGGAGUUUACUCGAUAAGUUAAUCUUUCCACAUAAUGCUCUACUCAGAGGUUGUGUUCUAUUUUUAGGCGGAAAUUUCAUCAUCAUUCUAUUUAUAGUUUUUCCACAAAGAGUCUGGCAAAAAACAUUUUGUUGGGUCGUUGAAGUUUACGAAGAGGUGUUGCAAGUUGCGAGUCGGAUGAAUUGUGAUGAGGCUGGUGCCGGCGAUGAAAGUUUGAAAAUUGCCGAUAGAAACCUCGAAAAAAAUUCUUCUACAGAAGACGUCUAUGUUGAAAUGUGCCCUGAAAAUUUAAUUCCACAUCCUGGCAACAUUUCAGAAUUGAACUCCAACCACCCAACCACAGCAAAGACAACAACAACAAGGACAACAGAAACAACUACAACACAACGACAGCCAGCCACCAAAGCUUAUAAAAUCCUUUACUCGCAACCAACAUCACCGAAAAGAGUACAAACAGUUUCGAAAUCUCGCCUCUCCACUAUGAAACUAACGAAAUUCUUAUUCAAAAACUUAUACAACUUCCUAGGUUCUGUAGCGUCUAUAGCGCAGUGGCUUGGUCUUUGGAUUUUGCUGGAUGAAUGGCUAGGAAGAGUAGUGAUCGAAAUGGAGCCAGGAAAAAAUGGUACAGAUUCUAAUGGUAAUCUUUCAAGAAUUCAUGGUGGUGGUGGGGUAAAAAAUUCAACUGCAAUGGAAAUAAUGCCGAUGGGACCUGAUAUAAAUUUUGACGGCCCCCUUGUUGUGAAUUCAAAUGUUUGGUUGGUCUGGCUGGUUGGUCACCUAAUGUUGAUAGUUCUCGGCGUAUGCAGAACGGCUAGCAUCGAACUGACCAGUAUUUCAAUUGACGGAUCGGAUGCUGAGUCUGAUUACUAUGCAUUUAACACAAGGUUUCUAGAUAAGCCGAAACAGUCAAUCAAAUAUGUAUACGACGCCAUCUUCACUGUCUUCGUCGUUCAGUCCGCCGUGGUUUUUUAUUGGCGGGCCACGUGGAGUGUCAUUGAUUACGUCAUGUUACCCCUACCCCACGUGACGUCAUUAAUAAUAGGGAUGGGCGUGGUUUAUUUUUACGUCGUUGUUAAAUGCUUGUGGAGGUGGUGUUUUGAGAGGCUGCGUUGUUGUGGUUGCUGUGGCUGUUGUGGUUGCUGUGGCUGCUCUGGUGUGGUUGAAAAUAAUAAUAAUAAUAAUAAUAAUAAUAGAGUGAAUGGCAAUAAUGCAAGCAUAAAUAAUGGUGAUGACGUUGAUGGAAGUUUUGAUAGUAGUAGCAACUUGAACAACAACAAUAAUAUCAGCAGUUUAUACGCUGAUGACGUAAACAACAAUAACAAUGAUAAUAAUAAUAUUAAUAAUUAUGUCAAUACUAAUAAUGACGUCGGCAACGACUUGCAUUCCUAUUGGUCGAUGAGGUUUCAAAAUUUUAUCACCAGGAUAAAAGUUUAUUUCACUGAUUUUUCUAACAACGAUAGAGACCUUUGCAACAACAACAUCAACAACAACAUCAACUACACUAUCAACAACAACAGUAGCAACCUAACCAAACUCAAGAUUGACAACAACAUCAAAUUAACACCAUUAAACUCGCCCAAAACAGCGGAAACAAUUGUGACGUCAUCGCCUAAAUUUAACCCCAUAAACAUUACGUCAUGCGACACAGAUGAUACAGUCAAUAAGAACGAUCUCACAACAAUCACGUCACAGAUUGAAUUAUCAUCACGUGGUUUAGAUAAUUCAGCCAAUAGGAGGAAACUUGGAACUUUGACGUCAUUAUCAUCAUCAUCAUCAGCUAUGGCACGUUGUCAUUCUUUGUACUAUAUAAACCAGGCUGACAAAAGCAGAAAUGACGUAAUUAAUAAUAAUAACAAUAAUAAUAAUAAUUAUAACAACAACAAUAAUAAUAACAUUGGUUUUUACGGUCCAGAAUUAUUUCGUAAUAAUCUCAAGAGCCAUUUAGAUGGAUUUAAUCAAAGAGGAAAUAUGCUAACGAAAAAAAUUAAGCGCUUCAAAAAUAGAACACAAUCAUUAUCAGUACUUGACAUUGAUAAACAAACAACGCGCGGUGGUAACAAUUUUGUAAAUAAUAAUAAAAAUAAUAAUAAUAACAACAAUAACAAUAAUAGUAGUGAUAGCGAUAAUAAAGAGGUUGGAUUUUAUAAGGACGGUGAUGACGAUGAAUUGAAGCAGACGAUAAAAGUUGAUAAACUGUGUGAUGACGAUGACGCCAGGAAUGUCAAAAGUUUCGACUUAACUAGGCAGUUGUUUUUUACUGAUAUGAUAAAGUUUAAUGGCAUAGAAGACGAACACAAGAACGGCAGUAGCAUAGUUAUUGAUAUGGCGAAUGAUACCAGAGACGAAAGUUCAAUUAUAGGCGACAACAACAACAACUACAACAACAACCACAAUAAUAAUAAUAAUAAAAGCAGCAAUCUCGAUGUAAGAACAUGUAGCAGUAACUGCAGUAGCAGUUGUAGUGAUGGUAAAUGUUUCUCGAAAGACAAGAUACAGAAAUGGCUAAUUACAGUACUAACUCAAUCCCUGUACAACUUCAUAAUCAUCCUGCUAUGGAGGUCACUCUGGUCAACUCUUGACCUCACGCACGACCAUGAUUGGUCGAUAUUUUUGUAUGUGGUACUCACUUCCGGCUGCUUUAUUAUACUUAGUUUUUUUGGUUACAUCCAGAAUAUACCCGGAAAUGACUGUCGUCUGGACGUGUCAGAAUGA